UUGGGGAGAACCCUGCACUCUGCAAUCUGGGGCCCCGGCUUUGGGCUUUGGAUCCUCCUCUGAGUCCAGCCAGCCAGCGCUCCUGCCAGAGUGGAGAGAAUGUCCCCCCUCCUGGCUCUAGGGCUCUUGGUGGCAGGGUUCUGCCCUGCCGUCCUUUGCCACUCACCUGGCACACCGACUCCGAACACCCUGAGAUUUGCCUCCAACAAUGCCGACUUCACCUUCAGCCUCUACAAACAGUUGGCUUCCAGGAAUCCCCAAGAGAAUGUCGUCUUCUCCCCACUGAGCAUCUCUACCGCCCUGGCCUUCCUGGCCCUGGGGGCCCACAACACCACCCUGAGGGAGCUUCUCCAGGGCCUCAAAUUCAACCUCACGGCGAUCACGGAGGCGGAAAUCCACCAGGGCUUCCAGCAUCUCCUGCGCACCCUCAGCCAGCCCAGCGACCAGCUGCAGCUCAGCAUAGGCAACGCCAUGUUCGUCGAGGAUGAUCUGGAGCUGCUGGCCAAGUUCACUGAUGAUGCCCAGAGCCUCUAUGAGGCCCAGACCUUCACCACCAACUUCCAGGACCUUGACGCUGCCGAGAAGAGCAUCAAUGACUAUGUGAAGGAAAAAACCCAGGGGAAAAUCGUGGACCUGAUCAAAGGGCUGGACCCCCGGACGGUGAUGGUCCUGUUAAAUUACAUCUUCUUUAAAGCCAAGUGGAUGACGCCCUUUUACCCCGGCGAUACCUCCGAGGCCAGGUUCUACUUGAGCGGGAAGAAGUGGAUAAAAGUGCCCAUGAUGAGCGCCGAGGACCUGUACAUACCCUACUUCCGGGACAAGGCGCUCUCCUGCACCGUGAUUCAGCUGGAUUACGCUGGCAAUGCGAGUGCACUCUUCAUCCUCCCUGACUCGGGCAAGAUGGGGAAGGUGGAGGCCAUGCUGCUCCCACACACCCUGAAGAGGUGGAGAAGCUCGCUGCAGAUGGAGUGGAUAGAUGAGCUCUAUCUGCCCAAGUUCUGCAUCUCAAGUGACUUCAAUCUGGAAGAUGCUCUUCACCAACUGGGCAUCAGGGAGGUCUUCACCGAGCAGGCUGACCUGUCAGGGGUCACGGGGUACAAGAACCUGAUGGUCUCUAAGGUGAUCCACAAGGCUCUGCUUGAUGUGACUGAGGAGGGGACGGAAGCAGUUGCUGCCACUGGAGUCAAAAUGGUCCUCACAUCGGCAAAGAUAGGCACAAAGACCAUUGUGAAUUUCAACAAGCCCUUCCUGAUGACCAUCGUCCAUGGAGACGUCAUCCUCUUUAUGAGCAAAAUCACCAACCCCAAGCCAACCUAGAGCCCUCUGUUGAGUAGUGGGACACCCACUAGGAGCCAGGGAUGGAAGUCCAGGCAUGGGUCUCUGGACACAGCCUGGCUUUGAUGCAGAGCACCCAGAGUGGCCUGGCCCUUUCGCUCCUCCUUGGGAAGGUGACGGCAACUGCAUGUGUGGCUCCCAUAGGCACAGAGACUCUGGGGACUGUGGAGCUCUGAGGCUCUGAGGUCUCCUGACAGCAAUAAACA